AUGGAGAAAAUAUUACAAUUACUUAACGUACAAGAAGAAAGAUGUGAACAAAUUUCUAAGGGACAACGAAAUUAUCACAAAAGUCCAAAACAAAGAAUUACAUUGAGCUACUUAGAAACGCGUUUGGAAAGUUUAGACAAGACAUGGCAAUCAUUUAAAACCGAUCAUGAUCAACUAAUUGCAGAAAUUAAAAGGGAAAAACGUAAAGAAAUUGAAUACUUUAAGAAUGAUAUUUACAACCAAUGUGAAGAAAUAUAUAUCGAAUACAAGGGAGAUUUACGAAAUGAAAUACAAAAAUUGUCACCUAAGAAUGAAAAACAACCAGCAGAAAAACAACUUAAAACUACCGAAAUUACCUUACCGACUAUCAAAAUUCCUAUAUUUUCAAGCAAAUACACGGAUUGGCAAUCCUUCCAUGAUUUAUUCAAUACAUUAAUCCAUUCAAAUAAGAACCUAGACAAUGUUCAAAAACUUCAUUAUCUCAAAACAUCUGUGACGGGUGAAGCUGAACAGUUACUUAGAACAACUGCACUGGUGGAUGUGACUUCAAGUCAUAGUAAUAUACACACCUACCGUGCUCUCAUUGAUCAAGGCUCUCAAGCCACGUUUGUGUCAGAAGAUCUUGUUCAGACCUUGGGUUUGAAAAGAGAGAAAACCAGCGGCGUGGUAUCAGGAUUGAGUGGAGGAAUAAAAUUACAAACCAAAUAUACAGUACAGCUUGAACUUCGAUCAAGACUGAAAACAAACUUCACUAUCCUUAUUAGAGCGUAUGUAUUACGCAAUAUCACAAACUACUUACCUACACAGCAAGUUACGAUGUCUAGUUGGCCUGCCCUUGAAAACAUAACACUAGCAGAUCCAGGGUUUAAUAUUCCGAACAAAAUACACCUACUGCUAGGAGCUGAAGUCUAUAGCAAAAUCAUAGAUGUCGGAUUGCUGAAGAGUCCAUCUGGGUCCAUUAUAGCACAAUCUACACAUCUGGGCUGGAUUCUAUCUGGUGAUACUAGCAACACACAACCUGAAACACAAAAACAAUUAACUAAUUUACAUGUAUGUAUAUGUGAUAAUGAUAUACUGAAAAAAUUUUGGGAGAUUGAAAACGAAGUACUUACCUCUGAAAGAAAAAUUACCCAAGAAGAAAAGAAAUGUGAGGAGUUAUACAAACAAACUACAAUAAGAACGGAAUCUGGUAGAUAUAAGGUGCAUUUACCUUUUAGAGAAGAUGUAGAGCCAGCAGAAAAGUGUGGUAAAACUAAAGAAAUAGCUACUUCUAGAUUUUUACAACUGGAAAGACGAUUCAAAUACAACAAUAAAUUAAAACAAGAAUAUAGUACUGUGAUCAAUGAGUAUCUCAAACUAGGACAUAUGAUAGAAGCUUCCGAAGAUAUUGAUGAUGCAAUUUACCUACCGCAUCACGCUGUACUUAGAGAAGACAAAGAUACUACAAAACUGCGUGUCGUCUUCGACGCGUCGGCUAAGGGAUCCAAGGGAUACUCACUUAAUGAUACCAUGAUGACUGGUCCUGUAAUUCAAAGAGACUUACGAACACUAUUAAUGGAGUGGAGAACAUUUAAAAUAGUACUCAUAAGUGAUAUUGUGAAGAUGUACCGUCAAGUGCUGGUGACAGACAAACAUACAGAUUAUCAAAGAAUAUUGUGGCGGGAAAGCCCUCAUAAAGAUAUAGCCUCAUACAAACUACUUACUGUAACCUUUGGUACAGCUGCAGCACCAUUUUUGGCAGUCCGUACUCUCAUACAAAUAGCAGAAGAUGAAGGACAUCGAUUUCCUUUAGCCGCUGAAAUUGUAAAAAAAUCAUUUUAUAUGGAUGACCUGAUGAGUGGAGCUAAUGAUAUACAUCAAGCGAUGGAAAUUUAUAGACAACUGGAUGAGUUGCUGAAAUGUGCUGGAUUUGAAUUACAAAAGUGGUCCAGUAACUCUGACAAAUUAUUAGAUAAAAUCAUACAAAAUAAAGAAAGAAAUAUAAAACCAUUGGAGAUUAAAUUUGAUAAAAUUAUUAAAAUACUGGGACUUUCUUGGGACAGAUUAGAUGACAAAUUCAAAGUUUACAUUAACUUACCUCAUGUACCAGAUACAAUAACAAAACGAAGCAUUCUGUCUGAGGUGGCACGCCUAUUUGAUCCCUUCGGGUGGCUAUCUCCAAUUAUAGUAAAGGUUAAGAUAUUAAUUCAAAAAUUAUGGCUCUGUACAUGUGGGUGGGAUGAAGAUAUACCAACAAACCUGAAAGAAGAAUGGUUAUGUUUCAGAAAACAACUCCCAGAAUUAGAAGUGAUACACAUAGAAAGAUGGAUUCAUACUUACCAAGAAAAUGAAAGAGUUGAACUACAUGGAUUUGCAGAUGCUUCCACAGUUGCAUAUGCAGCUGUGGUCUAUGUAAGGGUAGUUAGCAGAGAUAAUAUUUUUGUAACUAUACUAGAAAGUAAAACUAAAGUGGCACCACUAAAACAGAUUUCCAUUGCUCGUCUGGAGUUGUGUGCAGCCGUUCUACUUUCAAAACUACUGGCAGAAGCCGCAAAUACUUUAAAAAUAUCCAGUAGUAACAUAUUUGCUUAUACAGACUCGAUGGUAGUAUUAGCUUGGAUUGCAUCUCAGCCAACAAAGUGGCAAACAUUUGUAGGUAAUAGGGUUACAGAAAUUCAAACCAGAUUAAACAAUAAAUGUUGGAGUCACGUAAAUUCUAUGGAGAACCCUGCUGAUAUCGCGUCACGUGGUGUCAAUCCAUCUGAAUUAAAAGAAAAACAAACCUGGUGGAAGGGUCCCACUUGGUUAAGCCAAGAAAUUUCACAGAAGUCAAUGACAACAAUACCUGAAACAAAGUUAGAAGAAAGAAAACAACAUACAAAGGUUUUCAUAUGUGAAAAAGAUGAACCGAUCUGGAACAGAUUUUCAACACUUACCAGAAUGAUUCGGGUACUCAGCUAUUGUCGUCGUUUACUGCACCUGAAAACAAAAAAAGAUAUUAGAAUGAAAUUAAACACUUAUUUAACUAGUGAAGAGUUAAGAAUAACUUUAGAUACAUUAAUAAAAAUGGUACAACAAGAAGAAUUUUUAGAAGAAAUUAAUGAUUUAAAACAAAAUAGAAAAAUAAAAAAACGAAGUAAACUCUAUUUCUUAUCACCUUACCUUGAUACUGAUGGUCUUCUACGAGUAGGUGGAAGAAUACAAGCUUCUCAGUUAUCACAACAACACAAACAUCCAAUUAUUAUACCCAAUAAUACUCACCUUACAAUUUUAAUUAUACGAGAUGCUCACUUAAAAUUAUUACAUGGUGGUGUUGCCCUUACCAUAAAUUAUUUGAGAAGUCGCUACUGGAUUAUUAGUUUAAAACAAUUAGUAAAAAAAUGUUACCGAGAAUGCACAGUUUGUUUAAGAUAUAGAGGCAAGACAAUACAACCUAAGAUGGGUCAAUUACCUGCCGUUCGCGUUCAACCAGGACGCGCCUUUAAGACCAGCGGAGUAGAUUUUGCUGGACCAAUACAAAUGAGAGCAUCCAAGGGUAGAGGCCAAAAGGCUUACAAGGGAUAUUUGUGUCUCUUUAUUUGCAUGAAAACAAAAGCAGUCCACAUUGAAGCUGUAAGUGACCUUACUUCACAGGGUUUUAUCGCUGCCUUUAGAAGAUUUGUGUCACGUCGAGGUCACUGUUCCGAUUUAUACAGUGACAAUGGCUUGAAUUUCGUUGGAGCUGCAAGAGAACUUACACAGAUGUUGAACCAAGCCAUGAUUGGCGUAUUAAAAGAGGUUGCCGAAUUACUCAGUAAUGAUGGCACUACGUGGCAUUUUAUACCCCCGAGAGCACCAAAUUUCGGUGGGCUUUGGGAAGCAGGAAUUAAAAUACUUAAGACAAAUAUUAUUAAAAUAAUCGGCGAUUCAAAACUGACCUUCGAGGAAAUGACAACCUUGUUACAUCAAAUCGAAGCUUGUCUCAAUUCGCGACCUAUUUGUUUGCUCAAUGAUUAUCCUGAUGAUCUUGCACCACUUACACCUGGACAUUUUCUUGUUGGUGAACCAUUAAUUAGCAUACCUGAGAAGAAUGAUGAGGAUGAAAAAUGUAUUAGUCCUUUGAAUAGAUGGAGAUUAACACAAAGAUUAAUGUUACAAUUCUGGCGCAGAUGGUCCAGAGAAUAUUUACACACCAUGCAACAACGUCAUAAAUGGCAAAAUUCGAACCAAAUUCCGGAGAUAGAUGAUGUCGUCAUUAUAAAGGAUGACUUGCCCCCAACUAAGUGGCUACUGGGGCGUAUAUUACACAAGCACACUGGUCCAGAUGGACAUGUGAGAGUUGUGACACUCAAAUGUAAAAAUUCAACGCUAAAACGCCCUAUUUCAAAACUUAUUCCGUUGCCAAAAUUCCAAUAA